AGGUGCUGGCGUUUAUAGCCCGCCUGCGGGGGGCGGCGGCCGCGACGUAGUGGCGAGCGAGCAGGGAUGUCGGAGCUGCGUAAUGGGCUGGAGCCGAAGCCUGUAGGCUUCGUGCUGGGGCUGGACGUGGGCAGCUCUGUGAUCCGCUGCCACGUCUAUGACCGGACGGCGCGCGUCUGUGGCUCCAGCGCGCAGAAGGUAGAAAAUAUUUAUCCUCAAGCUGGAUGGGUUGAAAUUGAUCCUGAUGUUCUCUGGACUCAGUUUGUUACUGUAAUAAAAGAUGCUGUCAAAGCUGCAGGAAUACAGAUGAGUCAGGUUAUUGGUCUUGGUAUAUCAACACAGAGAGCAACUUUUAUUACAUGGAACAGGAAAACAGGAAAGCAUUUUCACAAUUUCAUUAGUUGGCAAGAUCAAAGAGGGAUUGAACUUGUAAAAUCUUGCAAUAAUUCUCUUAUGAUGAAGCUAUUUCACAGCUCCUGCCGAUUGGUUUACUUUUUCACUAGAAGCAAGAGAUUUUUAUUUGGGAGCCGGUUUACUUUCACUACCCAGCAAGCUUCCUUGCGGUUGGCUUGGAUUUUGCAGAACAUGCCUGAGGUACAAAAGGCAGUUGAAGAAGAAAAUUGUUGCUUUGGGACUGUUGAUACCUGGUUGUUACAUAAACUCACAAAAGGCUCUGCAUAUGCUACAGAUUUUUCAAAUGCCAGUGCAACUGGACUUUUUGAUACGUAUAAGAUGUGCUGGAGUGGUUUCCUUACCUUCUUGGCUUCCAUACCACUUUCUGUCUUGCCUCCCAUAAAGGACACAAGCCAUCAUUUUGGAUCAGUGGAUGAGGAGAUAUUUGGUGUGCCUAUACCAGUAGUUGCCUUGGUUGGCGAUCAGCAGUCUGCGAUGUUUGGAGAAUGCUGUUUCCAGCCUGGAGAUGUCAAACUAACCAUGGGGACUGGGACCUUUUUGGAUAUAAAUAUUGGCAGCUGUGCUUCAUUUAACAGUUCAGGCUUUUAUCCAUUAAUUGGGUGGAAGAUUGGGCAAGAAGUCGUAUGUCUAGCAGAAAGCAAUGCAGGAGACACGGGGACUGCCAUACAGUGGGCUCAACAAUUAGAUCUUUUCACAGAUGCUUCUGAGACUGAAAAAAUGGCUGCAAGUCUGGAAGAUUCUGAAGGGGUUUAUUUUGUUCCAUCUUUUAGUGGAUUGCAGGCACCAUUAAAUGACCCCUGUACAUGUGCCUCUUUUAUGGGUUUGAAGCCUUCUACCAGUAAAGCCCAUCUCGUACGAGCAAUAUUGGAGUCUAUAGCUUUCAGGAACAAACAAUUAUAUGAAACCAUGCAGAAAGAGAUCCAUAUCCCUGUCACAAAAGUCCGAGCAGAUGGAGGAGUGUGUAGGAACGAUUUUGUCAUGCAGAUGACUUCAGAUUUGAUCAAUAAGAAUAUAGACAGACCUGUCCACUUUGACAUGUCCUGCCUGGGGGCGGCUUCUCUGGCUGGCCUUGCUGUUGGCUUUUGGAAGGACAAGGAAGAGCUAAAGAAACUGAGGCAAAGUGAAAUCGUCUUCAAGCCACAAAAGACAUGGGAAGACUACAAAGUGAAUAUGGAAAACUGGGUGAAAGCGGUGAAGCGCUCCAUGAAUUGGUACAGCAAGGUGUGACCCCGGAUGAACUGGUCCAGCUGCGCACCGCGGGGAUGACGCGGCCAUGGUCCCAACACUGAAGCUCCAGGGAGGAAAAGUGUUGCCCUUUGAAAAACAAACAAAAACCUCUCACUUUAAAAAAUCUACACCUUGGUAAAAUUAAUAAGGCAGCAAUACCUCAGAACUUGACAUGUCGUUUUCUAUCAAAGUCCAAAGGCCUUUUGCCAUUUCCAACUGUAUUUUCCUCGUCCUAGGGCCCUCCUUUUUGAUGCAGGGCUCAGUGGUGCACAGAACACAGUUGGUUAAGAUCUGGGUGCUAAUAACUGUCGGCAAGCACCAUCUACCUUCUGUUCCAAAAUUAUGUGAAAAGUGUUUCUUGCAUUUAUUGACAUGGGCUGUUUGAAACUCAGAAUAGCUGAAAAGCAAGAAUAACUGAGAAAAUGUGGAAUUUUGAAACUUUAGUAUUUUAUAUUUCAAUGUUAUACCCAGAUAUAAGUUCAGUAUGUCCCUCUCAGAUAAGCAUAUUAGAUAGUGCUUUCUUUUAUUGGGCAUAAAGACAUUGCCUUAAUUUUACCUUGUUCAACCAAAUCCGAACUUUUUUAUGUUGAAAAGCUGUUAUUAAUUAAUGAACUAAAAAGAGUAUUGGUUUUUAAGAAACAAUUCUUAUUUUCCUUCUCAAAAAACAUUUCUCUUAGAAACUUCUGGCUAAAGUAUAACUUGUUUUUUACAAAGUGCAAGUAGUUAUCAUAAAUCUUGCAUUUCUUCUCCUGUUCUGUUCUUAGUUUGAAGAUGGCUACACAAGUGCCCUUUGUUUUAAAGUGCCUAAUUGACAGUUUAAUUUGAGGAAGUUCCCAUAAUUUAUUACUAACUUAAAAACUGCCUAUGUGGGGGUAUUUUACUUGUUAGUUUGUCUGGUUUUCUGUUUGUUUGCUCAUUUCUUUUGUUUGUGGCAGUUCUGGGAUUGAACCAUGGGCCUCAUGCAUGCUAGGCAAGUGCCCCCUACUGUGGGAUACCUCAGUUCCACUAUCCUUUAGUGUUUGUCCAGUCUGCUCACUGUUCUGAAAUGAGCAACUGUGCAAGAGGUGACAGAAGGGCCAGCAAUGUGCCCACACUAAUGGUUUUCCUGUAGCCCCUGAGCCAGAGACCCUGAGGACCAGGGACAGCCUCCUACUUUCAAAUCUUAUUGCUAAAAACAAUGUAGAAGAAAAGCCUUUGAAACUGUCCUAAAGCAGUUGAGAGCUCCAGCCUGUUCUUGUGGUGUUUGCCCCUCCCUCCAUUUGGAUUUGCAUGCAUGAAUGAAUGAAUUGAUUUUCCUUUCUGCCAAAAUUGCUCACACAAAGUCUCUCUGUCUCUCUGUUCCUCUCUCUCUCUCUCUCUCUCUCUCUCUCUCUCUCUCUCUCUCUCUCUCUUUCUCUCUCUCUCUCUCUUUUGAGGCACGGUCUGGUUCAGAUUGGCCUUGAGCUCACUGUGUAGCCCAGCCUGCCCUCAAACUCAUGGUGAUCCUGCUAUCUCAGCCUUCUGAGUGCUGUGCAGUCACCUGGCUGUUCACAUAUGGUCUUACAGUUGUAGAUGUACUUAUUAGAAAAUGAUGUAAUUAGAAGAAGGACUGUUUCAAGGAAUCAUUUUGUUCUUGUCAUGUAGUCCAUUUUGUUGUCAGAUAUGAUAGAAAAAGCGAUCAGAUUAUGUUUCUGCAGUUACAUUUCAGUGACUUACAAUUAUCUUUUUUUUUUUUUUUAAAUAAUGUAUCUUCUUUAGUUACUGAAAUUUUCUAGGGUGGAGUCAUUGCAACAAAUAUAUAGAACUCUAUUAAGAUUUGGAAAUAAUGGGCCAGGGAUUUACUUAACAGCACAGCGCCUGCCUGGCAAGUGUGAGGUUGUGAGUUUGAUCCCUGGUACAAAAACAAACAAAAAAAAGAUUUGGAAAUAAGCUGGUUGUGGUUGGCACACACCUGUAAUCCCAGGACAAGUAGGAAGAACCUGAGUUAGAAGGGCUGCAAUUUUGAGCUCAGCCUGAGCAAUUUAACAAUUUAGUGAGACUCUAUCUCAAAAGUUAAAAAACAUUUAAAAACAUUUUUUAAGGCAAGUAGUUCAGGCUGACCUAGAACUUACUAUAUAGCCCAAGAUAGCCUUGAACUUACCAUAAUCCUCUUGCCUCAGCCUCCCAGAUGCUGAGAUUAUAGGCUUAAGCCAUAAUACCUAGCCAAAAAAAAUUUUUUUUAAGGGCUGGCAGUAUAGCUUAGGGUAGUAUAAGGCCCUAAUUUCAAUCCCCAUACAAAAUAAAUAAGUAAAUAUCUGUUAUAUAAUGUUAGAAAAUAGCUCUAACUGAAUAUCUUUGGAAUUGAGCAUUUCCCUAAAAAUCAAGUGGCUGAGCUAGGUAUGAUGGCACAAAUCUAUAAUCCCAAGACUAUAAAGCUGAGGCAGGAGGAUCACAAGUUCAAGGCCAGCCUGUGCAGCUCAGGAAUAUACUGUUUCAAAAUUUUAAAAGGGCCUGGGAUGUAGUUCAGUGGUAGAGCAACCCUGGGUUUAGUCUCCAGAACACCCAACCACAUGGUGGCUCUUUUUUUUUCUUUUGUGAAUCUAGAAACUAACCUCUUACUUUUAGUAAUUAGAACAUUUUUAGUGACAAAGUUGAAUAAAUCUUUUGUCUGAUUUAACCAAAAUCAGAAAUACUGUGACCCUUGUUUUUGCAGAGUGUUUGUUUUUUGUACUGGGGAUCAAACUUAGGACUGUGCGCUUGCAGGACAGGCAUUUAAUGCCGCCGAGCUAAAGCCCUAGCCCCUGUUUUUGCAGUUUUAUUAACAGUUAUUCAAAAUCAGUUGAGCAAAAAAAUUGCCUUUCCCAUCUGUCAAGUUUAUAUUUUAUUUGUAUGCUAAAUUUGCAGCUUUUAUAAAAUGUGCUAACUCUUCUAUGUUUUAUUUUCCCAUUAAUGGAGCUGUUAAAUAUUUUUACUAGGUCUCCAGCAGUCCCAAUAAGGAGAAUGAAAUGCUACAAAGUAUAUUUUAAAGUGGUAUGGUUUUUUGGUUUUUUUUAAGCCAGGGUCUCACUAUGUUGUCCAGGCUGGCCCUGAACUCAAUAUGUAACCCAGGCUGGCCUCAAACUUGUGGCAGUUCUCCUGCCUCAGCCUCUCAAGUGUAGAGAUUACAAGUGUGCACCACCAUUCCUGACUUUAUUCUAGAGACUUACUGACUUUUAAAUCUUAUGUUUCCAACUAUGAUGUAGCCCCUAGUCUCACCAUUGAUAUUUUAGCCUAGAUAACUCUUGGUUUUGGGGUGGUAGGAUGUUUAGCAGAAUCCCUGACCUCCAUGCUUCGGCUACCAAUAGCAUACUUCUAGUUAGUAUGGCCAAAAAUGUCUCCAAAUAGUGCCACUAAAGGAGGCAAAAUUCAUCCCCAAUUAAGAACCACAUAUGCAGGCUGUUAGAGGGAAACUGAGGUCCCUGAAUAUAGUCAUGUUCCUUUUCUCAGUCCUUCAUUUUACCCUAGGAAGUGGGUUUUAGAAAAAAGGUAGUAUUUUAUUUUAUUUUUAAUGGGUUUUUUCUUUUCCAAUCAGAUUUCAUUGUUAAAUUUUAGAUAUACAUUGUGAUCACAUUCGCUGCAGAGAAUUAGUACCUAUGCAUGAUUUAUUUGUUUUUUUCCCAUUCUGAAAAGGUAGUGUUUUAAAAAUAAACAGGGUUUCUUCUUUGCUUGUCAAUGAGACAAAAUUAUAAAUACAGUUCAUGUUAUAGUCUUUUUCCUGCUUCUGGUGCUAGGGAUCAAACUCAGGGCUUCAAGCCUGCGAGGCGAGGCCUUUGCCGCUGAGCCGCACUCCCAGCCUGCAUUCAUUCCCUACCAUUUGUGUCCAGCCACCCUCAGUGCCACCUCUGCAAGCCUCUGAGGUCUUAAUUAGUAGGCCUGUGACUUCAGUGUAGGAUUUCUGUAUUCUGCAGAUCAUGUGUGAUUGGAUCUGUUUUCCUGCUUCCCUCUCCUCUCUGAAUAAAGGAAACAAUGGUUUUUCCUACCUCCUUUGUGCAGAUUCCCUAGACCAGAAGCUCUGAGAGCACAGGCCCUGCCUGCUCCCCCACAACCCAACACUGCCUUCACAUGGGUGGGGUGAGGUUUCACUUUUAUACUCUUGAGUGCACCUUUGUUGGCAAGUAUGUUUUGAUGUUAUAUAUAUUUGUUUAUAAGGCGCUGCUUACAUUUGUUGUAAGUAAAAUGUGUAUUAGUUUGAGGAUGACUGUGUUAUGAGACCUAAGAUCCUCAUAUUGCUUAUUUAAAAUUUCUUUAUAUGUCUGCAUGUUUACAAAUGUAUUUGUGUAGAUACAGUUUAAAUCCACAAUUGCACAUAAUUAUAUUAAUUUUUCUUUUGGUGCUGGUGACCAAACUGAGGGCCUUGCACAUGCUAAGCAUGCACUGUUACCACUGAGCUACCUUACCCCCCCAGUUAUAUUAAUCUUUGAGGGUAUUUGAAGACCUAGUAUUAAUGGCUUUUAUGUAGUUGACUGUAGAUGAUGAACAGAUUGAAUCUUAAAGAGUGCUAGACAUUCUGAUGAUAUAGAAAUAUCCCCUUCUGCAAAGCACUUACCAUAAGAAUUAAUCUUUAAUUUAAAAUAGUGCAGCUGGGGCUGGGGAUUUAGCUCAGCGGCAUAAGUGCCUGCCUUGCAAGCAGGCAGUCGUGAGUUCGAUCCCUGGUACCAAUAAAAACGAAAAAGACAAAAAAAAAAAAAAAAAAAAAAAAAAAAAUAGUACACCCUAGGAGUCUGGCAAAAAUUGUGUAGUUACUUUGAGGGAAGGUUUAACUUUACUGUGCCUUGGAGUCUAGCAAUUCUAGAAUCAUCCUAGGGAGAGUUUAGAAGCCUUGGAUCCACUCUAAAGGAUUCUGGGUUCUUUUGGGAAAAUUAGAUCAUGUUUCUCAGGUCAGAAUUAAAAGCCCCUAAUAUACAUUACCUUAAAGACUUACCUGACCGCAGAAUCAUUUCUCAAAUUCCCCAAGCCAAAUUACCAAUCUGGUACAAAUCAGCCAAAACAUCAAGUAGGUGAUUCAGAAUUAUAGUUUGUUUGUUUGUUGAGCCAUAAAUAUUUUAACACCAGCAUCACAGAAGAAUGUGCCGGGCAUGGUGAUUGUGUAUCUGUAAUCCCAGCAUUUAGGAGGCUGAGGCAGGAGGAUUGCUGAUACAGUUUGAGGCCAGCAUGGACUACAUAAGUGAGUUCAAGGCCAGCUCAGCCUGCACUAAUAGACUCUGUCUCAAAAAUAAAUAAAUAAAAUAAAAAUAAAAUCACAGGUGCAAAAAAAAAUCACAGGUGCUAUUGUCACCAUAUCCCUUGAGACCUUUCGCCCACAGGAAUGUGGGAAGGGUAGAGAUAGGAGCCUACAGAAUCUGGUAUUUCUGAAAUUUUUACUCUAUCUCUACUGUUCUUCUUCCCUUUAUUAAAAUUUGGUUUUUUAUAAAAUGGUGUAUCUAGAUAAAUAACUUGCUUAGAAAAAAUGACAUAGGGAUUCCAUUUGAAGUGAUGAUUGUCGUGUAGCUUAAUGGUGGAACAAUUGCCUAGUAAGUGCAAGGCCUUGGAUUUGAUCCUUAGCAUUGCCAAAAGCCAAAAAAAGUCCUUUCAAGAAACUUGAAGUGGUUUCCCGAGUGGCUGUACCAUUCUACAUUCCUACCAGCAGUGUAUGAGUGAUCUAAUUUCUCACAUUCUCACCAGCAUUGGAUGUUGUCGCUAUUUUUAGUUCAGCCCUUCUCAUAACUGUGUAAUGCUAUCUCGUCGCUCCAAUUUGCGUUUCCCUAUGAUAUUGAAUAUUUUUGUGUGCUUUUUGCCAUCCAUUUGUCCUCUUCAGUGAAGUUUCUGAUAUUUUGCCAAUUGAAUUGUUUGCUAAAUGAGCCAUAUCUUAGUACAUAGAUAUUUAUGAUUGUUAUAUCUUCUUGGAUUGUUACCUUUACAAAGAUGUAGUGACCUCUCUUAAUAAGUCUUGGCUUGAAAUCCACUUUGUUUGUAAGUAGAAUAACUACCGCUCUUUUCCAGGUUCCUGUUCCAUGAAGUAUUUUCCAUCUUUUGAGUGUCUAUGAAUUUCUUUUUUAACUAAAUGUUUUUCUUGUAUGCAGCAUAUUGUUGGAUCUUGCUUCUUGAUCCAUUCUGCAGGUCUUUCUCUUUUGAUUGGUGAAUUGAGACCUAAAGGGACCAUAUUUUUAAAUUUUUAAAAAUCAGUCCAGUGACUUCAGAAGUCAUUAUGUGAGCUGGACAUGGUAGCAUAUGCUUGUAAUCCCAAUACUCGAGAGACUGAGGCAGGAGUAUUGCCAUGAAUUCAAGGCCAGCCUGCCCUACAAAGUGAGACCCUGUGUCAGGGGAAAAAUAAAUAAAUAAAAGUCGGAUUUUUCAGAUCCUUCCAGGCAAAAUGUAUACAGAUUUUGAACAUGAUUUUAUAAAUGAUUUUAUAAUAUAUUGAGCAGAAAGGUUCACCUAUAUCUUUUCUGCUCACUAUAGGGUGUGGUACUAAUACUUUUGUAUAAUAGCAAAAGUUUCAAAGAUACCUUUACUUAGAAUGUUAAGGAAGUAUGUACAGCUUACAUAUUUUGUACAUAGCUGUCAUCAUAUUCUAAUCUUAUGCAAAAUAUCUGAUUUGUGUAAAGGUUUCAGAAUGAUUUUGUGGAAAAUUAGGAAAUUUCCUUUUUGUGCAAGAUAGUAAAUAUAGAUUCUAAUUCAUAUGCAUCAGUAAAUUUAUAAUCUAUGUACUUAAUAUCCUUAAUGAUUGUCAACAUAUUAGUUAUUAAGAACCACACAAACCAUUUUAUUUUAGAAAUUUCCAGUUUUUAUUUUUUUCAUUUUGUUCUUUAACUUCUGAAAAAUGAAAACGUUUGUUUUGUGUACUUUUAACAGUUAUCAACUGCAGAUUUUAAUUACAACAACCAGUUGACUCUUAAUUUGGCCUCUGAAUCUCACCUCCAUGUUGAGGUUCCUUGGUUGGCUGGCCCACACAAACCAUUUUUAAGAUCUGCAGGUACAGGAUUGCCACUAGCACUAGAAAUGCUUUUCAUGAGCAUAUAAAUUUUUCACUCAUUGUGUGGUCUAUUUGAACUUAACUUUUGCUUAUUUUAAUUUUACCUGGGCUCCCUCUGCACUAAAGGAGAUUGAAUCCAGAGCCUCAAACCCACUAUAUAAACACUGUCCCGCUAAGCUAUUUGUCUUGGUUACUUUUCUCUCAUUGCUGAGACAAACAUCCAACACCCAAGUUUUUGGAUUUUUCAGUCCAUAAUCAGCUGGCUUCAAGGUAGGAUAGCAUGGCAGUGGGGCAACACUUCAAGGCAGCAGCCUUAGCAAAAGGGGGAAAACCAAGCCUCUUCUCCUCCUUUAUAUUGUACACAGGACACCCCAACACCCCAGGCAAGUGAGGCACUCACAAAAUCUCUGUGCCCUCCUCUUGCACAGGAUGAGGAUAUUUACAAAGUAAGAACCUUGGCUUCCUGCUGAGUCUCUCAGUUAAAACUUAAACUUAUCAAGUUUAACACAGUAUAUCAACCAUAACACUAUUCCACCAGCCCUUUAAAAAUUUUUUUUUGUGACCAGGUCUCUGUAAAUUGCCCAGGCUGGCCUCAAACUUGGCGUCUGCCUGCCUUAGCUUGCCAGCUAACUGGAAUUACAGGUGGAUGCCACCACUGCCAGCUUAGGUGAGAGCCUAGCAUGUCUGAGGCCCUGGGUUCAAUCCUUAACACCACAAAAAGAAAAAGUCACAGAGAAAGAAGCGUAUGUUUUUUGUUUGUUUGGAAUUAUAUCGAACUCACAACCACACGCUUGCAAGGCAGGCACUUAUGCUGCUGAGCUAAAUCCCCAGCCCCUUUAAUGACAGUUCUAACUGCAGGUAAAUUUGGCCUUAUUAUAGUUAGACAAAAACAGAUUUUGGAAACCUUGCCUCUUUAGAUUCUUUUUAGACUUAAUCUUUGUUGUUGUUGUUGUUGUUGUUGUUGUUGGUAUCAUGGAUCAAACUCACGACCUCAUGCUUACCAGGCAAGCACUUGAGCCACUGAGCUAAAUCCCUAGCCCCUAGACUUAUUCUGUAUUUCAUUCUUGUACAAAUCAGAGAAGAGGGUUAAUUCUUUGUGAUGGGGAAAAUAUAAUUUGUUGUGAAAUUGUACUGUAUUUUUAAAUAUUUUGAAAGAUUAUAAAUAACUGGAGAAAAGUUAAUUUCAUAUGUUAAUAUGGUAGAGUUAGCUUGGCAGCUAUUAAAAUCCUUUUUGAAAAUUAUAAUCUAAAGUGAUUGGGAAAGUACAGUGAAACAGUGGAUGAUUAAUGUUGGUAAAUUAAAACCAUUUUAAUUUUGUGUGUCUCGUUUAUUGUUUUGAGUCUGUAUACAUACUUAGUGACAUCCAAAUGGUGAAAGAGUCAGACAAAUAAUCUGGUUAAAUUCCCUGACUGCAGUGGAAUUUUACUAUUUCUGUGACUGUGGAAUCAUUUUAUAGUAGGAAAAUUGAAGAACGAUAAACAGACAUUUGAAAAAAGGAAA